CGCACCGGCUAUCCAUUUGGUGAAUCUUGCUCAAACGAUUGUUAUAUAUAUCAAACAACAGGUAAAAAACCGAGUGUUGAGCGAAUAGAGGCUACUGGUGAUGCGCCAAUUCCGCAAUAUGGGCCGGGAAUAGUUUUACACGAACAUUAUUUAUAUGCGGUUGGGGGAACAACUGGCUAUGAUUACUCUUGUGAAGUGCAUCGCUUAAAUUUGCGCACACGAGUGUGGGAAUGCGUAUAUAUCUGUCGUCCAGAUAUACGCGAAGAUCCAGAGGGUCGUUAUCGUCACGAAGUUGUCUACGUUGGGCAAUACAUAUAUGUGCUGGGUGGUGGUACAUCGAAUUUAGUGUAUGAUUUACAACGCAUCCCUGCAUUUAAUUUAAUUACAAACCGAUGGGAAUAUUUCGUCACAUUACCCGAUCGAACAUCACAAACAAAUCUAACAAUCGAGCGACAAAAUUCCGGAUAUCCAAACCCACGAAAGUGCUUUUCCUGCGUACAGCACACGAAAUCGAAUGGUGAGGUCGAAGCAUUCAUUACGGGAGGCUUGCAGGCCGAUCAAGUAUAUUUUUCAGAUAUAUGGAGAUUAAAUUUUAAUACUAAGCAAUGGACACUUCUAAAAACAGCCUCUCUACCAAAAGCUUUGUACUUCCAUGCCGCAGCGCACAGUCAAAAUGGUUGUAUGUACAUAUUCGGUGGUAUUGAAUAUGAUGAAAAACGUAUACGACGGUGCAAUGACCUUUAUAAAAUGUGGAUGACCAUACCAUUAUUAACCCUAGAACGUCAUCCUUAUUUAUUGUACACUAACGUCAUCCUUCGUCAUUUUGACUACGAUACUAACGCUAUCAGAAAAAUCAGACCAAAACAAUCAAAAAAAACCGGUUUUAAUUUUAAAAUAAAAUCGCGCGUAGUCAUUUUGACGAAGGAUGACGGAGCAGGGUUAAGUGAAAUUUGCUGGGAGGCAGUGUUACAUUACAGACCAAAUCUCAAAUUGAAUGGCCACUCACAGCUGCUUAAAAUGGGCAUACCAUUGCGCUUUGCACAGAGAUUGUGGCAUUCUUCAAAAGCCAAAUGAUUAUACAAUAAAUGAAGAGAUAUAUGGUAUGGUAUGUCAUGUAACGAGCAAUAAGAAGCGACAAUUUUUAUGUUUCAUUCUAGACAUAAAAGCAUAAUUAUUGUUUGCUAACCAUUUAGGAAUGACAUAGUUUCAUAUGGAAGAAAUGGAACCAAAAGAAUAAACAUAAUAAAAUAAGACAUUAAUAAUGAGUAAAAAUGAAAAAAGCUAAUUAAUAUGAAAAUAAGAGUAAUUAUUUUUAUACGCUACAUACACAUAGUAGAAAAAGUCUGCGUUCACCUAUGCAAAUAUUCUUUGCAUUAGAAAAAGUUCAAAACAAUAAAUAUUUCAGAAUUUUU